AUGGACUCCAUGUUCGAGGAUGACAUCAGCAUCCUGACGCAGGAGGCACUGGGGCCGGAUGAGGACUGGUUGGACAGCCCCAACACCGACCUCUCCGGCGAGAUGUGCUCAGCCUCCCACUUUGCCCUCAUCACUGCCUAUGACGACAUCAAGAACCGACUGACGGGGCUGGAACGGGAGAACUCCACGCUCAAGCGCCGGCUCAAGAUGUACGAGGUCAAGUACCCACUGAUCGGCGAGUUUGGUGAGGAACACAUCUUCUCCCUAUACGAGGCCAAGGAGACGUCGCUACUCAAGAGCGAGAAGGCAUCACUGCAGCAGCAGCUCAACCAGUUCCAGCACGAGCUGCAAAAGAGCAAAGAGCGGGAGGAGCAGCUGGAGGAGAUGAUCCAGGCCUACGAGAAGCUGUGCGUGGAGAAGGCUGACCUGGAGACAGAGCUGGGAGAGAUGCGGGCGCUGGUGGAGACACACCUGAGCCGCAUCCGGAGUCUGGAGCAGCAGCUGCGGCAGCGCGACAGCAGCACCUUCCCCGGGCUGGGCACCCCACUGCCAGGCCAAGAGGUGCCUUUCCUUGCCCUGCACCCCAACCCCAGCCUGACCCACGGUGAGCCGCCCCCUCCUUGCUCUGUGGACCCCCCUGGGACAGCCCUAGUCCCAUGCAGGGGGCUGAGCUGUGCCGUGCCCACAGUGCUGGAGCGCAGUGGGGGCUGGCAGAGCCGGGGGCUGGAGGCCGAGCUGGAAGCAGCACAGCAGGAGGCCCAGCAUGCUCAGCACCGUGAGGAGCAUCUCAAGGCCGAGUGCGAGCGGCUGCAGGCGGAGCUGAAGCACCUGCAGGAGACCCGGCAGCAGGAGCAGUCAGAGCGGGACAUGGCCUGGGUGAAGAAGGUGGGCGAUGACCAGGUGAACUUGGCACUGGCCUACACGGAGCUGACGGAGGAGCUGUGCCGCCUGAGGAACCUCAGCUCCCUGCAGAGCCAGAUCCUCCGCUCCCUGCUGCAGGAGAAGAGCCUCAACGGCGGCCAGCGCCACUCCCCGCUGUCCCAGUGCCAUUCUCCGGCCCCGCAGCGCCGCUCGCCCGCCCCGCAGUGCCCCUCGCCCGCUCCGCCGGGCCGUUCGCCAGCACCCCAGUGCCAGUCGCCGGCUCUGCAACGCCGCUCACCGGGACCUCCCAGCCAGUCGCCGGCCCAGCAGCGCCGCUCGCCGGCCCCCGGCCCCUGCCAGUCCCCUGCCCAGCAGCGCCGGUCCCCGGUGCCCCCCUCCAGCCAGUCGCCCGCUCAGCAGCGUCGCUCCCCGGCGCCGCCGUCCUGCCCGUCCCCGGCCUCGGCGUCACCCCACCGGCUGCCCGGCGAGAGGAUGGAGCUGGGCUACGCCAAACCCUCCAGCCGCCACAUCAAAGCCGGCUUCCAGGGCCGCCGCAGCUACUCGGAGGUGAGCAACGUAGCCCUGUACCAGCAGAGCCGCUCGCUCUGGCUCCAGCCCGAAGCCUCGACGCUCCCCAAGCACCGGCCUUACGGCGAGGUGUACAUGGGGGGGGCGGGGGCCCCCCUGAGCUCCCGCGAGCCCUUCGAGGAGCACGUGCGCUUCGAGAAGCAGUCGUCGGAUGAAGAGGAGUGGGCACUGCCCAGCCCCCCCAGCCCCGAGGCCGGGGCCAUCCGCUGUGCCUCCUUCUGCGCCGGCUUCCCCAGCCCCGACGCCGAUGCUGCGCACCGGACGGCCGCUGCCUAUGCCCGGGCAGAGCACGCUCAGUCCUGGCCCUCCAUCAACCUGCUGCUGGAGACGGUGGACUCGGAGGUGCGGAGCUGCCCGCUGUGCCAGCUGGCCUUCCCCAUCGGCUACCCGGACGAUGCCCUGGUGAAGCACAUCGACUCGCACCUGGAGAACAGCAAGAUCUGA